ACAGCUAGCAACAGUAACCAGCGACGCGUCAACACAGACCCACAGUUCAUUUCUUAAGCCAAGUAACUAACUCCCAGGAUUAGCUAAAAUGUACAAGUUGGUGGUGUUGUCUGCUCUGCUCGCUGUGGCCGCUGCUCGUCCAGGCUAUUUGGAGGCAGGUCCUUUGCUGCAUAGCUAUGCCGCGCCGGCGAUCAUCCAUGAGCCUGCCUUGGCUAGCGUUGGGCAUAUUGUCAAGUCCAUACCGACCGCUGUCUCCCAUCAGAGCAUCAGCCAGGUGCACAGCUCGGCCCACAUUGUGCAGCCGAUUGUGACGCCCAUUGUGAAGACCUAUGCUGCGCCCAUCAUCAAGACCUAUGCCGCUCCAGCUCUGCACACCAGCAUCCUGUCGCCUUCCUGGGCCUCUCACGGCUGGGCAUCGUCCUGGUAGACAGCUCGUAGACAUCGGCUCUGACCGGAGUGGUGCCUCAGCGAAUUUGCCCCUAGGCUGAAGCUGCUCAACAAUUUCUAUCACAUCUUCUACUUAGUGUUCCCCCAUCCCCUCUGUCGACUGAUGUAAAUAAAAGUUCAU